UACAUUCAGCAGAGUGUACAAUGUGCUGCCAGAGAGCCAACAGGCAGUGUACAGAGAAACAGCCAGAGAGGGAGGGAGAGAAGGGGAAAGUGCGAGAGCUGACUACAAACGUGAUCCAAGAGGCCAGCGCUGCCGCUUGGAUUCGGGAUCCCUCAGCCCAUACCAUCGAGAUGGGCUGUACAACGGGCCACCUGGCAUGCCAACCUCAGCCCCAGACCUGCUCAGGGCAGGACGGUGAGGCCCUGGAGGCUGGUGGUGCCAAAGUCCCAGAGGUGCUCUCCUCCCUUGAGCGUCUGUCCCAGGCCACUGGAGGCAUGGAGAAGUCCUGGUACCGUUGCAUCUUUCCCUUUGGAAUCAUCUCAUUGGUGAUCGGUGUGGCAGGAACGGGGGUGACUUACACCUAUAAUGACCUGCCUCAGACUAAAGUGGUGUCGGUGGUGCUACUCGUCAUGGGUCUUUUGCUGUUGCUGAUGGCCACCGCCUGUUGGACUGUCCAUAAGAAAAAGAGAAGGAAAAAGAAAGAAGGAGGCUCAUUAACCUCUGAGCAGUGUCCCCUGUGAAGCACGCGGGGAAAACAGCUAAAGGAACUUGAAAGCAGAGACAUACCCAGGGCUGGGAGCUCAGGGGUUGACUACAGAAGCAGCCACUUCACCUCCUCCCUCCCUGUCCCCUCUAUUCUUUUUCACAGAGUUUGGCUCAUCUCAUACCGGAGAGAAGUUGGACUGAGACAUCACACAGAGUGGAAGGACUGAUUGACAGGACGCUGAGGAUCUGCUUAGUCUGUAAGUUUUGGACCAUUCUGGAUUGGCAAGGAGGGAUCCCCAGUACCACACAUCUCUUUUAUCAUCAGACAGCAGGUGUCCAAUGUCAAAACAAGCUGAGAGGAGACACACACAAAUAUGCGCUGCACACCGCAUGCAUAUUUACACACACAAAUACAUGGCCCUUGCAGUCCAUACUCACAUAUGCAGUAGCAGUCAGUGGGAGCUUGCACCGACACCCAACACGCUAUGCAGAGCUGCUGCCGGAGUCAAUGCUGGCGUCACUAGGCACGUCAGUCGCAGCAUUCCUCCCGCUAGGACAGGUGACUCUCCAAGAGGCCAGAAGUGGGCCAAAGACAGCAACUUGAUACCCAGCUGAAAGAGCAGCGCACCCACGUCAGGGGCCAACGUCAUUCACUCGUCCUGUGACACCGCAGCAAUGUGUUGGGGGCUUUUUUUACGCAAUGGGAGAGUGGAACUUGAGUCCAGCAGGAUCUUACUGGCAUCUGCAUGGACGAUGAGCUCAACAGGGCUGAGGACCUACUGGGGAAGUGGAAGGUUUUUUUUCCGUCUGUGCAAAUAAAGAUUCUGGGGAACUGAACGAUUGUUGUACCUUGAACCUCACUGAGAAGAAACAAAAAAUUGCACAAUGGCCAUGUCCAUGCCAAGCGAGAGAAACUUUUAAUUAAAGCUGCAUAGUCCUGAAGGCCUUUUGUAGCGUCAGCUCCAGUUUACAGGAGUGUGGCACUGACUCACAAUGAUUGUUUGGCCUCCUGUCAAUGUGCCAACAUUUUACGCCCAGCCUUGUGUCUACGUGGGACACCCCAACUCCACAUAGGUCAGGCAAGGAUUAUUGAAGGACACUGCCCGAGGGGACAUGCCACAGCGGGGACACUUUGAAUGAUCCUGCUCCCCUAUGGCCCCUCCCCCUUAGUGCCUUGAGCAAGCACUCAUGGAAAAAGGCUCUGUCGCAUUUGCCUUUUCUGAACUCCUGAUAAUUUCCCCCCUGUCUCUCUUUACCCCAGCAGCACUCUCCCAAUCCAUCCCCUAUGGCUUCCUACAUCCCCAGUUUCUGACUUAAUCUCAUUUUCCCAUUGUCCAGGAGGAAAUGUCUAUAGCACGUUGUCGCAGACAUUAUGCUACACCCACUUACACUUAAAUGUAAGUCCCACAGUCCAUUUGUUAGUUUUUUUUACUGUGCCAAAGAAAGUGGAUCAUUAUUGACUGAGAGAGACAGUCUGAAAAUAUGGUACAAGCCUUUUUCUCUUUUGAACACUGGUUAAUGUUUGUGCUCUUAGUGACGCUGGGGUUUCCCCUUUCCGACGCCUUUUUUCAGAGAGAGCUGGUGAAUGUAGCUGUGCUCCACAUCGUGUGAAUAGGUGCUUUCUGUUCAUGUACAGUCUCACAGGAUGAGACACACAAUGGCAUUUUAUCCUUGUCGUAAACAUUCUUGUUUCUGUCGCUGAAAACGCAAAUCAUGGAGAAGGAGAAGGUGCAAUGUAAACAAUGUAUAGAAACUUAAAGGAGUCUAUACCGGUAGUCGCCUUGUGAAGGACCGUGUACACACACUACUUUACCCUUGAGAACUAUGAUUGAUCACUGGUGCAUUGAUUGUGGCUACCAGACUAGUGGCGAUUGUUUGCGGAGUAAAAUGUGUCUAUGCAUUCAGAGGUAGCAGGUAACACACGAUGCCAAAGACUGUCACGAUGGCCAGUUUGCCAAUUACAAGGCUGCGAUUGUCUGCCUGCUUCAAUAGACGUGCAACAGAGCAGUCCACUGUCACAUUUUUUUUUGCAGCUCUGUGUGCACUUAGAUGAUGCUGCGCAUACUUAUUGUCAGACAUUCUCUGUUGGUUUAAACAAAGGGAAGAGCGGGGUAAAUAGUGAGGUAGUGGUGUAAAGGGAGAACCUGGGAAGUCAUUCCUUUCACUGUUGGUGAAAAUGCUAAAUGGAUGUGGAGUAAGGUCUUGGUGAGCCCAUCUUCCUCUGUCCAAGAAGACAUAACAAAGAUCUGUCUGUAAUUGCGAGCCCUUGCAUAAAGCACGGCCACACCAGUGUCUUGCAAGCUACACGUCACAGGAAAUGCUUAAAAAGAGUAUUUGUGAGUAUUUUUCCUUUCGCCCAGUUCAGAAGCCCAAUUCAUUACCUUAUAUCAUUGCAAUGACAAUGUAGCAGGCUGCCUCAGUAGCGCUGUCGAUGUGAACACUGCUUCUGUCAGAGCUGCCCAGCCACAUAUGUGGUGUUGUUCUCCGAGACAGAGAUGUUUUGUAGCCCAGAGAUCCAAAGGCCGAGAGAACGAAAGAGGGUGAAAGACGGAGUCAGCAAAAACAAAACAAAAAAAAAUCACACGAGUGAGAUACACACAUUUUGGCUCUGCCCUGAAUUUUGGCUUGUGUAGCAAUGCAAUUUUCACAUGUAUAGUACACAUGUAGUACAUUGUGGUUGCAUAUAUUUACUUGCUACUUUUCAAACUGUAUUGCGCCAACGUGUUGUCACUUAGAUUGAUGGCAGGUGACCAGAAUUUUGUUUUGUUUUGUUAGAGAUGUGAAGUGAUUUCCCUUCUGCCUUCUGAAAAAUUAAAGGGAACAUCUACCUCUCUGCUGCAGGGGAAACAUGUCCCUCACCCAGUAGACAGCCAUGUUGUCUGCCUAUGCUGUACGUCACCCGAGUGAGUGACAAGAAACACGUUUGAUUGUUUGUGUGCCCUCUGAUAUGUGGUGCUGUAUAUACGACUAUUUUAUAUUUGUACUGUAUAUUUCUACUUACAUGUAAAUUAUGUAAUGUUAAUUAUUAACUGUUGUAUUAAAUAAAUGUCAUGUGAUCA